UAAAAAAAGAAAAUAUAUGUGUGUUAGUUAGCCACCAAAACGGUAGAAUAAAAUAAGUUGUCCUCGGAGAAGAAGGUCGAGGACUGUUGCUGUUGCAAUGGCGACUUUGACGAAGCAUAUCCAAAUUCACUUCUUCCAACCUCCUUCCAUUUCUUUCAAUUUCCAUUUCUGUAAUCAUCGUUCUCCCUCACGAAUCUCCGCGUCUUUAUCCUUUCGAAGCCCUGAUUCUCGAUUCAUUGAAGCUCGGAAACUCGUUGAUGAUUUCGACCCUGAAAUUCCAUUGGAGAAGGCCCUCACUCCACCCUCCUCCUGGUAUAUAGACCCUUCAUUUUUCGCUCUCGAGCUCGAUCGUGUCUUCUACAGAGGAUGGCAGGCUGUAGGAUAUGUUGAACAGUUAAAAGAUGCCCAUGACUUUUUCACAGGCAGGUUGGGAAAUGUAGAGUAUGUGGUAUGCAAAGAUAAUAACAGGAAGGUUCGUGCAUUUCACAAUGUUUGUCGCCAUCAUGCCUCACUUCUUGCGACUGGAUGUGGGAAGAAGUCGUGCUUUGUAUGCCCCUAUCAUGGAUGGACAUACGGGUUGGAUGGAAUACUGCUUAAGGCGACUAGAAUAAAUGGGAUACAGAACUUCAAUGAAAAUGAUUUUGGGCUUGUACCAUUACCAGUAGCUAUGUGGGGGCCUUUCGUUCUUCUCAAUUUGGAUGGAAAAUUAUCAUCUAAGCUGGAUGUUGAUGAAGAUAAAGUGGCACGUGAAUGGCUUGGAACAUGUGCAGAUGUGCUGAGAUUAAACGGAGUUGAUGCUUCCCUAAGUUAUGUCUGUCGACGUGAAUACACUAUUGAUUGUAACUGGAAGGUUUUUUGUGACAACUAUUUAGAUGGAGGAUAUCACGUUCCCUAUGCACAUAAAGGGCUUGCAUCUAAUCUCAACCUUGAGUCUUAUUCUACAGAAUUAUUUGAAACUGUUAGCAUUCAAAGUUGUAAGGGUGGGGGAGAAUCAAAAGGUGAUGAUUAUGAUCGACUUGGACCAGAAGCACUAUAUGCUUUUAUAUACCCAAAUUUCAUGAUAAAUAGGUAUGGACCUUGGAUGGACACCAAUCUAGUACUCCCACUUGGACCUCGAAAAUGUUUGGUGGUUUUCGAUUAUUUUCUUGAAGCUUCUUUUAAGAAUGAUGACUCCUUUAUACAACAAAGUUUAGAAGACAGUGAAAGUGUGCAGAAUGAAGACAUUAUUCUGUGCGAAGGAGUUCAAAAGGGUCUCGAGUCACCAGCUUACAAGUUUGGCCGGUAUGCUCCUUCGGUUGAGAAUGCCAUGCACCAUUUCCAUCGUCUUCUUCAUCGUAACCUCACAAAAUAAAAAUAAUUGAAAGAAAUUUGUUCUUAUAAAACAGAAGAAAGCAAGUUUGGUAAGAUAUUUCUUUUAGGUUUUCAUAGUUUAUCUUGGAAACUAUCAAUAAUAACUUGCUUUCGCUGCAGUGCCUUUGAGUUGUUGAAAUGAUGUGUACCAAAUAUGAGGAUUUUAUUAAUGUUUUAAAAGUUGUGAAUAUAAGAACGUGAGUACUUUA